AUGAUGGAAAUUCAAGGAAAAUCUCUUGAACAAUCAGAUAAUGAGAGUGAAAAUAGUGCUCCAGAAUUAAUUGAAGAUGAAUCAAACCGUCUAAGUGAUGAUGAAGAAUAUCCAAUAUCAGAUGAAGACGAAGAGAUGAAUGAAGGAGGAAUGAAAGGAUGGGCUGGUUCAAUGGCAAAAGUACUCAGUUCAGAUAAAUCUGGAGUACUCUCAAAAGCAAAGAAAGUUGAAGAUGUUGCUAAAAAGAAAGAAAAGAAAUCGUACACGUUUGAGAUUGAAGGCGAAACUAAAGCAGAGGAUGAUGAAGAAAAGCCAGAUCAGAAAGCAUUGGAACGUGCUCUUGAAAAAAGAAGACACAGAGAAAGACGAGAAAACAAAUUGAGAGUUUUCAGUUUAAGAUUGAAACCGUCAGUAAUUGAUCUCGAUCGGGAGCGAACAUUUAAAAAGAUUGCAACACGCGGUGUUGUCCAACUAUUUAAUGCUGUUAAAAAUCAACAAUCAGAAAUCACACAAAAACUUCAAAACACUAAGUUAGAGAGCAAACGUGAAGAAAUCAUUCGAAGUGCCGACAAUAAAAAGAAAUUUUUGGAUAAUCUCAUGACAGGUCCUCGAGCAAAAUCGGAAUUUGUAGAUAAUCUAAUUAAAAAUGAGAAAAAGGAAGAAACAUCAAGUGACGAGGAGGAAGAAAAUGAAAAAGAAUCAAAUUGGAGUGCAUUAAGAAAUGAUUUUAUGACAGGAAAGAAGAUUGGAUGGGAUAAAGAUGAUGAAAGUGAUGAUGAAGUUUCAAAUGAAAUGGAAACAGAUUCUGAUUAA